UUGUUUGUCUUCUCUGUAAAUUAACAAGCUUUUUUGAUCUUCACUGAAAAUAAUGGCAGACUUACUGCACAAGCCAUUGCUGGACAUUGAGGAACAACCACGGACCAGUAAGAAAACCCCACGUGUUGCCUCUCUUGAUGUCUUUCGUGGUCUCUGUGUCUUUCUAAUGAUGCUAGUUGAUUAUGGCGGGGCAAUUGUUCCAAUUAUAGCUCAUUCUCCAUGGAACGGACUUCACUUGGCAGAUUUUGUGAUGCCCUUCUUUCUUUUCACUGCUGGGGUUUCUCUUGCUCUUGUUUACAAGAGAGUACCAAACAGAAUAGAAGCCACACGGAAGGCGGUGCUAAGGGCAGUAGAACUAUUUUUGCUAGGUGUAAUUCUUCAAGGUGGCUACUUUCAUGGAAUAAAUUCCUUGACGUAUGGUGUUGACAUGAAAAGAAUACGUUGGCUUGGAAUUUUGCAGAGAAUAUCUAUUGGAUACAUUUUUGCUGCUUUAUGUGAGAUCUGGCUUUCAUGUCGAUCGCGGAGAGAUGUAAGCUUUCUCAAGAGUUAUUACUGGCAUUGGGGUGCAGCGUUUUCACUAUCUGCAAUAUACUGGGGAUUAUUGUAUGGUUUAUAUGUUCCGGAUUGGCAAUUUGAAAUGUCCAAUGCAACUUCCUCUGUGUUUCCAACAAAUCACAGCUAUGUUUACAUGGUAAAAUGUUCUGUAAGGGGUGAUCUUGGACCUGCUUGUAAUUCAGCUGGAAUGAUUGAUCGCUAUGUACUUGGCAUUGAUCACCUAUAUAAAAAACCUGUUUACAGAAACCUGAAGGAGUGCAAUAUGUCCACCAAUGGCCAAGUUCCAGAGAGUGCACCUUCCUGGUGUCAUGCUCCUUUUGAUCCUGAAGGUGUUUUAAGCUCCAUAACAGCUGCAGUGGCUUGCAUAAUUGGACUUCAAUAUGGUCAUAGUCUUGCUCACUUGCAGGACCACAAGCAACGCAUGCAAAACUGGAUCCUGUUCUCAUUGUCACUUCUUUUGGUUGGAUUGCUCCUUGCUGUUGUAGGCGAUCCCGUGAAUAAAUCCUUGUACACAUUUGGCUAUAUGCUGAUUACUUGUGCUUCAGCGGGGAUCACAUAUUCUGCUAUUUACUUGUUGGUAGAUGUAUAUGGUUAUAGAUGCUUGACGUUUGCUUUGGAGUGGAUGGGAAAGCAUUCUUUGAGUAUUUUCGUUCUCAUAACCUCCAACUUAGCUGUUAUAGCAAUACAAGGAUUCUACUGGAAAGCUCCUGAAAAUAACUUGAUUCAAUGGAUUGUUACCCGGUUCAUCAAAAAAAUGUCAAAGGAAGUGAGUGAAGUAGGGCAAACUCACGGGAAAGAUUAUGUUGAUCCACCACCUGCACCACUUCUUGACUUGGGUGAACUCAAGCUCUGGUCUUUCUAUAGAGCUCUCAUAGCUGAGUUCAUUGCUACCCUUCUUUUCCUCUAUGUCACUGUGGCUACUGUUAUAGGCCACAAGUCAAACAAAGACCCUUGUGACGGAGUUGGUUUGCUUGGCAUUGCAUGGGCUUUUGGUGGCAUGAUCUUUAUCCUUGUUUACUGCACCGCUGGUAUCUCUGGUGGACAUAUUAACCCAGCAGUCACUUUUGGGCUGUUCUUGGCCAGGAAAGUAUCACUGAUCAGGGCUGUGGCUUACAUGGUGGCUCAAUGCUUGGGUGCUAUCUGUGGUGUUGGCUUGGUCAAGGCCUUCAUGAAGAAAAACUACAACUCUCUUGGUGGUGGUGCUAACACAGUAGCCAUGGGAUACAACACUGGCACAGCUUUGGGUGCUGAGAUUAUUGGCACUUUUGUGCUUGUUUACACUGUUUUCUCUGCAACUGACCCUAAGAGAAGUGCACGUGACUCCCACGUCCCUGUGUUGGCUCCACUUCCAAUCGGGUUUGCUGUGUUCAUGGUACACUUGGCCACAAUCCCUAUAACUGGUACUGGCAUCAACCCUGCCAGGAGCUUCGGCGCUGCUGUCAUCUUCAACAAUGAAAAAGCCUGGGAUGAUCAUUGGAUUUUCUGGGUUGGGCCAUUUGUGGGAGCAUUAGCAGCUGCUGCAUACCACCAGUACAUUUUGAGAGCGGCAGCAAUCAAGGCUUUGGGAUCUUUCCGUAGCAACCCCGCCAACUAAAGAGGAAAACCACCUUAAAAAAAAAAGGAAGGACAAGAAAAGAAAAGAGCGCUUGUCUUUAGCCUUCACUCUUUUACUCACUCCGUCACUCUAUUUGUUUGUUUGUGUGUAUGAGAUCGGAUUACGAUGGACCUUUCUUCUUUUGCCCACUUAUUUAUAAUUUUAAUCUUUCUUUGUUAGUUUGGCCUUGUAUCAUUGUCAUGGGGAGUUGUGCCCAAUUAAUUACCUCUCUUUUCUUAUCA